UGUACUCCACAGGCUGCAGGCCAACUUAUGCAAACGGCCAACAAACUCAAUAUUAUUAUAACAGAUGAACAAGUACAACCAUUGGCAUAUGUCGCAGUUUAUAUUACUAAUCCUUUUUUUAUAAGAUAAACACAGGGAUGCUAUUAAAUAAACCAAUAAAUAAAUGUGCAUAAACCUUGUAAAUUACAAUAUGCAGGCAAAACUACAGUUUUAACUUUGAGGAGAUCUAUCAUCUAUGAUCAGUUUAUCACUCUAAACUGAUCAACAUUUUAUUGUUCGGAGUUCAAGCUUGAAUGGGUCACUCGACGUAUGAGGCUGUUGUUUUAACAGCUUUAACGACGUUAAUACUUUCUGGAAUUUGUUUUUAUUUUUUCUACAGGUAUGUUAUGGCAAAAAAGAGACGUGUUGAUUUCGGUUUGAAGAUAGGACGAGAGGAUACGAUCGUAAAUUCCAGAGAACUGCGGCAACGUGGUGGCACUUUGAAAGGUGUUUUGGUAGAAGAAAAUGGUUUAGAAGUUCUUUAUUUGAGAAAGCUUGAAGAUGGACAACUAAGAACUUGUGUCUGGAAUUCAAUAGAAGAACAAGAGAAGAGAGUUGAUAGCAGAAGUCAUGAUUUGCUACCUCCGCCACCGCCACCGCCACCACCAGAAGUUGUAUUAAAGACAUAUUCACCGUCGCCAACACCGUCACCGCCUCUGCCCCCACCACCACCGCCACCACGAUUUCAUAAACCAUCGCCAGCAAUACGACCACCAGUACCUCCACCACCACCACCACCACCAUCGAGGCAGAUUCCAUCUCCUCCAACUCCACCGCCACCGCCACCACCGGCAUUCCCUAGAAAGACAGCUGCCAAAGUACCGCCACCCCCAGUGUUCCCGAGAAGGAACCCUGCAGUGCCGCCUCCAGCGUUUCAUUCAGGAAGCUUUAGUUCAUCAAUGAAACCGCCUACUGCACCAAAAUUAAUAGCGGAUGAUGCAAACGAAGAACGUUCAAAAGGUAACCAUGAAGUCCCCAAAAAGAUGAAGCCGUUUCACUGGGAUAAAGUGAAUACUGAUGCAGAUCAUUCCGUGGUGUGGAACGAGAUUGUAGAUGGCUCUUUGAGGUUUGAUGAUGAGCUUAUAGAAACCUUGUUUGGAUACAAUGCCACAAAGAGAAACUCUACAGAAACAAAAUACUUAUCACCUGCCUCAACUUCAACUCCAUCGGUUCAAAUAUCAAUUCUUGAUCCUCGAAAAUCACAAAACAUAGCGAUUGUUCUCAAAUCGCUAGCAACUUCGCGCAAAGAAAUCAUUGAAGCCCUCUCCGAGGGCAGAGGAUUAAAUACAGAUAUUCUCGAGAAACUGACAAAAAUAUCACCAACUGUAGAAGAAGCUUCUAGAAUCCUCCAAUUCAACGGAAACCCGACGAAACUGCCGGAUGCUGAUUCUUUCCUUUAUCAUAUACUUAAAGCCAUCCCCACAGCAUUCACCCGGAUCAACGCAAUGCUUUUUAGAUCAAACUACGACCCCGAAAUAUUGUAUCUGAAAGAAUCAUUGCAAACCCUUGAAUUAGGAUGCAAACAGUUAAGAGCUCCUGGGAUUUUCCGGAAACUUCUGGAAGCUAUUCUCAAGGCGGGUAACCGUAUGAAUGCUGGAACCGCAAGAGGCAAUGCUAAAGGGUUUAAUCUUAGCGCUCUUAGAAAACUUUCGUAUGUUAAGAGCAGUGAUGGGCAGACUACUUUACUUCACUUUGUUGUCGAACAAGUGGUUCGAGCUGAAGGUAAACGAUACGUGAUUAACAGGACUAAUCAAGAUUCCGAUAUAACGAUAGCAAAAGAAGAGAGAGAUAAACAAUACUUAAUGUUCGGUCUGCCUGUUCUCGGAGGAAUAAGUACAGAAUUCUCGUAUGUGAAGAAAGCGGCGGCAUUAGAUUACGACAGUCUGAUAAGCACUAGUCCGAAUCUGACUGCGCGAGUCAGUGAGAUUCGGGAACUUGUGACACAAUGUGGGGCGGGUGGAAGAGGCGGGUUUGUUAAGGAAAUGAAGGAGUUUCUAGAAGAAUGCGAGGACGAACUAAAGGUCGUGAGGGAAGAACAAACAAGGGUUAUGCAGCUCGUGAAGAAAACUACCGAUUUUUACCAAAUUGGAUCAUCCAAAGACAAAGGGGGACAUCCACUUCAAAUAUUUGGUGUUGUUAAAGAUUUUCUUGAUAUGGUGGAUCAAGUGUGUGUGGAUCUCAGUAGGAAGGUGCAAAAGAAGAAUGUGAAGAGCGUGGGCCCUUCGUCACCAUCCCCGAGAGCCGCGUUAAUGGGCCAAAACAUGCAGUUGUAUUUUAAGCCUGAAAAUUCUAGUGAUUCAGAGGAUGAUUUCUAAGGUUUGUUUACAAGUCAGAAUCUAGAUUCUUUUAGUACCAUUGUAUGUUUUGCAUUGGUUUCAGAUUGUUCCCAGUGUAUUCAUUUGAUCAAAUAACUUCCUCAUAUCAUAUUACAGUCUUGCUAUUCCAGAAGGCACAAAACUGCAAA